UGUGAGGCUCCUACCAGGCGGAAACAGCAGCAGAAAAUACCCAUGCUGUUCAGCCAGAUGAUGAAGCCCAACUUCACUGAAAGAUAAACUAUAAAACGACUGUCACAGUACAUCAUCUCACUCUGGGAAAUUCAGCUGGACCUUCUGUUCGUGUGUGGUGUUUUAUCGAGAUUGUGGAAUGCUGCUGGACGAGACUCCGCUUUUUGAGCCUUCCCUGCUUCAGGAGCUGGACUGGAGUGGCAGCACUGUGUCCUUCUCUCCUCACAUCUCCCCCUCGAGCCCAGGGGAAGGCCUGGUGCUCAGGCCGCUCUGUUUGGCAGACUACAGCAGGGGAUUCUUCAAGGUUUUAUCUCAACUAACUCAGGCAGGUGAAGUCCCACAGGAGCAGUUCACAAAGAAGUUUGAGCAUAUGAAGAAGACGGGAGACUACUACGUAGUGGUGGUGGAAGACACAGAACUGAGACAGAUUGUUGCCACUGCUACGUUGAUCACAGAGCACAAAUUCAUUCACUCGUGUGCUAAGAGAGGCCGGGUGGAGGAAGUUGUAGUCAGUGACGUGUGCAGGGGAAAGCAGCUGGGUAAACUGUUAGUUUCAACACUCACUCUUCUCAGCAAAAAACUGAAUUGCUAUAAAAUCACACUGGAAUGUGCACCCAAAAAUGUGGCUUUCUACCAAAAGUUUGGCUACAACACUUCGGAUGAGGCAUACAUGCAGUGUCGGUUCUUCGACUGAGGACAAAAGCAGUUUUGAGGGCAUGGACCACACCUUUAUACACCAACUGUCAUCAGAACUCGCAUUGACAAAAGUGUCUUAAGAACUUGGAGAGCUGUCCGAGGAUCAGUUUGUGGUUUGGAUUAUGUCUAUCAAACUGUUCCUGUGUACUCAUCUGGAUUUCAGAGCACUUUAGUAAACAAACAUAUGUUGAUGCUCUCUGCCCCUUUGGUAACCAAGGCUACCUCACCAAGGUGGAGCUUUGUUGUCCUCUUCCCCAACCAUCGGAAGAAAGCAAUGUCAGAUACUGUAAAUGUAAUGUCUUACUUUGUUACAUUGUGAAUUAGUCAACUGCUGUGUUCUGACAGAGAAAAUACAAAUCAUACCUGCGACUACCAUGCAGCUGCAGUAAAUAUAACUGCUUGACAAAUCAAGAUGAUACCAAAUGAAGUUAAAUUACAAAAGCAUAUAAACAAUUGAAAUAAUUUACAAUGGGUGACAGCUUCUCAAGUUCAAGUUUACUCCAAUAGCAACUAUGCUUGAUGAAUUUAAUGUAGAUCACAGAAUGAUUCAAACGUAUUCGUACAGAUUGCAUUGAUUGUCAAGGGCAAGUCACCAAAGAAAAGCAUCUUUUUUUUUCCCUUUAAAUGUGAUUGGGACAUUCAUUUUGGGUUUUUUUUUUUGGUGCAAAGUUCGAUCAUAAAACUUUUCUUUAUCUGACAAAUGUGUAACUGGAAAAUUAAGAUGAAGAGUCCAUAUACAAGAUAUGAAGCAUAACUGUUAAGCCAAGACUGUUAUAAUGUUAUAAUGUAUAUUUAUAGUGAACAAAAAGAUUAUAUUUUGUGAAGUAGAGCUUAGAAAUUUUAUGGAGGAUUCUGGAAGUUUUAUACUGGAUGAUUGGUUAAAUUUGGAUGGAAGGAAGGACUCUAUUUGUAAUGGGUAUGAAAUGAGUUUUAUAAGUUCAUUCUUAUUUAAGUUUUUGUAGUUGGGUUUUUUAAAUUAUGCUGUAAGUCAGGAGAACAGGGGCACCUCUUUAAUGCAAACAUGUAAUUGUCAAAUAAAAUAUACUAUGAUCUA